AUGGCAGAUGAGCAGACGCGUCAGCUCCCCCCUGCACCCCUGGACCUGCCCUUCCACAGCCACCGGCUCUGCCAGGCCUGGGUGAGUGUUGGGGAGGGAGCUGGCAGGGGUGGGGGCACUCCUACUCGUUCGGGGGGACGCUGUGGGCAGAGAGACGCUGGCGCAAGCUGGACUAGCCAGCGGCUAGGCCUGUCUCUCCUGCCUGUCACACUGUCCUGGCCUCUGGUACGUGGCUCCCGCGCUGUGUCUCCCCCCGCUCCCCCCGAGGUCUCGGUUUCCCGCAGAGACACCCCCGAUGGCUCCGUCACCCUCUCCUGCCAAACCAGGGGCGUUUACCCACGUCCCAUCCAUGUCUCCUGGGUGCGGGACGGAGAAGACAUCCUGGCGGAGAAGGACUCCAGUGGGAUCCUGCCCAAUGCCGAUGGUACCUACUACACGCAGUCGUCCCUGGAGAUCUCCCCACAGCAGGACGGGCACCGCUACGCCUGCCAGGUGGAGCACAGCAGCCUGGGGGAGCCCACGUUCAUCUGGGGUAAGGGGGGGUGAAUGGCAGGGCCCAGGGGUUGGGGGCACAGCCCAUGGGAAUUACAGAGAUGGGGUGAGACAGGGCUGUAGGAAGGUCAAUAUCCCGGCCCACUGUCAGUGUGACCUCUUCUAGCUCUGGGUAUUCGUGUGACCCACAGAAAUGGCCGAUGCUUCAGAUUAUCUCAUUAAGUUCCUGGCUGUGGUGAUAUCCAGUGACAGUGAGUUCCACAGGCUGACGUCGUUACGAGGGAAGGGCCUGGUUGCUGUGUGGCAUGUGUGUCUGGCAGUGCCCGGCAGAGCACCCACCCUCUGGCCCCAUCCCCGUCCCCCUCCCGGCUCAGCCUUUCCCCGCCCCUGGGGCCAGGUCUCUGCAGACGCCCUUGGGGAGACGUUCAAGGCAAAGGCCUGUGGCUGCCCCAGGAGGAUGCCCCAGCGGCUGCUCCCCUCAGUGACCUGGGCCCUUCUCCAUCCCACAGCCCCUGGGAAGAAGGGCCCCCUGCCCCCUGGGGUCCUGGCCGCCAUCAUCCUGGCCGUGCUGGUUCUGGCUGGAGCCGUAGGGGCCGGCGUCAUCCUGUGGAGGAGAAGAUC